AUGGUACCCUUGCUUUUGGCAGAUCCGGUAGUGAUCUACCCAGAGGCAGGUGUUUUCUUAAAGCAUGGCCGUGAGGUCAUGCCUUCGCCUGACUUUGUGACAUUGGUGUGUCACGUGAGUCCGUACAGACCGCAGAAGUUGCGUAAGGACUUUUGGGAGAAGCUGGAUGCGGAGCGUCCUGUCUUCGAAAGGUUAGCUGCGGCGGCAGCAAAACGUGAGGAUGAGGUUGCCACCUGCAUGGUGCAGGAGGGUAGAUUGGUUAAAGACACAGUGAAUGCUGUGACCUAUCCGAGUGGUAAGAGGGUUAGGUGUGGGCUCCCAGCAGAAAAGGCUGGGGUAGAGGCUACACCUAUCUCUGGCGGCGGCAGUAAACGUGAGGAUGGGGUUGUGUCCUGUAUAGUGCAGGAAGUCACAGUGGGGGCUGUGACUCAUCCGAGUGGCAAGAGAGUUAGGAGUGCCCCCCCCUGCAGAGGAAGCAGGGGUAGAGACCACACCCAUCUGUGCG